CGUGACUCGAGCGGACUCGCUUCCCGCAGCUCCAGCCUCUCGCCGCAGAGUCGCAUGUCCUCGAUCCAGAACCUCCAAUCCUUCGACCCCUUUGCUGAUGCAACAAAGGGCGACGACUUACUCCCGGCGGGGACUGAGGAUUACAUUCAUAUAAGGAUCCAGCAACGAAACGGAAGAAAGACACUAACAACUGUUCAGGGCAUUGCAGAUGAUUAUGACAAGAAGAAACUUGUGAAAGCUUUCAAAAAGAAAUUUGCUUGUAAUGGUACUGUAAUUGAGCAUCCUGAAUACGGUGAAGUUAUCCAGCUGCAAGGUGACCAGAGGAAGAACAUUUGCCAAUUCCUCUUGGAGAUUGGCAUUGUCAAGGAAGAACAACUGAAAGUUCAUGGUUUCUAACAUACCUAUACUCUUAUGAAGAACCCUGCAGUAUUGGUCUUACCUCUCCUGGCUUUUCUGUGAAAAAUGAAUAUUUACAGUGAAUGGACUUCCCUGUUACCUGAACAUUUACAAUUUGAUUUGCAUGACUGCAUGAAACAGGUGGUGUGUAGACUAGAAACACAUAAGAAAACUUCAGUAAGAUGAUUUUUGAGUUCAGAAAUGAACCCUUAAGGCACUAGCAACAAUUAGGGGAGCCUUAUAUGACGAUUUCUUUCUCCAUCUGGUCUAGACAGUUCUACUUGUAAAAAUCCAGUCUCUCAAUCUCCACAAAUUCUGCCUGGUGUUACAGAUCUUAACUGUUCCAGAGAAAGGAUGCUCCAGAAGAUUGUAUACUGUUAAGGUGAAAUACAUCCAGGAGGAGGAAAUGCCUCAUGCAAAGCACAAAAUACCCACAUACGAAAUGGAAAUCCAAAAAUAAAUGUUAUGCAAGUCUUGCAGAUGAGCAGAAUAAAGUCAUUCUACUGCAAGUUUACCUAGUCCUGAUUCUUAACUGCUGAAGAAAUCAGUCUUUUGAGGGUACAUAGCAAUUAGUGGUUUUCAUUUUAUCACAUGCCAGAAAAACUGAUGUUCUCAUUUAAAGCUUGUUCUCCUGCCCAAGAGGAAAACCAAUCAGUAUCUUCUAUCAGUAUCUUCUUGCCUGUAUUAUUCAACUACUUCUAGUGGGCUUUGAAUUGAAGAUUAACAAAUGACUAGUAGGUCUCGUGUUACUGAGUCAGUCUUCAUUUCAGAUGGCAUUCCAUUAACUUUUACUACCUAGGCUUGAGUCAUUUCUCCAUAGUCAUUGUGCUUGGAAUAAACAAGAAAAAUCUUUGGUUUUCUUACUCCUCAUUUAAAAAUCUUUCUAAUACAAGUAACCUUGCAGUUGAUUGGUGACUUGGAUUGAGAUGCUUGUGUUUUGACCUUUGAAGGGCAAAAUUAUAAGGAGAUGGAGUAAGAUAACACAUUUAAAGUUUUAAAAAGGUUAGAUUUGUUGUGGCAGCAAACCAUUUGAUCUUUCUAGAAGGAAAGCAGAAAUUUUUGUUCGUGAGUGUUUUAAGCUAAAACAGUAUUUUUAAGAUUGCAAUUAGCCUUGUUACAAGCCCAAACCUCUUUGUGUGUUCUAGAUGAGAGGCUUCAACAAUAUCAUGUUUUGUCAUCUUAUUCUGAAACUUUUUCGUUAAAGUUAAACUUAUUUGGAAUACAUAUCUGUGUUUUAAAAAUUAUGAAAAUGAAGGCUUUGGAGAAGAACUGUUUGAAGUGCUGCCAGUUAAAUCUGUUUUCAGAAUGAAGGCAGGUUUCAAUCUUUUUAUCUAUUCUGAAAUAGGUUAAAAAAUCUUGAAGGAUGUGGCCCAUAAUUGUCAAGGCACUAAAAAAGAGCUUAUAAUAGAAAACUCUUUUGAAGUCCACUAGUAGGACCUGAGGCUGGCCAAGUUCAGAUGGCAAAGAAUGGUGUUGUUUUGUUGGAAUGUUGUGAAGUCUAUGUCCUUCAGACCUACCAAUCAAGACUGCCGCCUUAGUAAUACUUGGGCUUAAUCUCAAGGUGUUAUUUGACAUAGAAAUUUGUUUUGAAUUCACAGCCUUGUGCAUAGUUUUAUUAGGCUGUUCUAGCUGACUCUGAGCUGAUACUUUGAAGUAAGGUGUUACAUAAAUAAAUUCACUAAAUAGUCUGUUAUGAGUCUACAUCUACUUAAUGCAGCUACAAGCAAUGCAACCCUUGCUUCCCAAAUGCUGCCGGCAGUUCUUGUUUGUAGAAUAUGAGGUUUAGUAAUUUAAGUCUGUAAGAUGCCUAUUUCCUCUUACUGUGUGAGCUCUCAGGCCCUUGACUAUCACCUGUGGUCUGCUAAAUCUGACUCUGUGUCUCAGAAAUUAGCAUGAGGAGCACAACUAUGGGCAGAUAAAUCUUGACUGGAGUAACCUCUAAAAAGAGGAAUGCCUGGGCUGUGUGUGGAUACUAUUCAUUGAUUUGGUGGCUUUGCUUGAAACUUUAUUCCUGAACUCCAUUUUUGCGCAGCCCAAAUGAAUAACAUUUUGUUUUGGAGAGCUUCUUUGGAGGGUGGAGGAGGUAACUAGUAAAAAAAACUGUCUUAGGAACUAUGUUUAUAUCUGAAGUUUGUUUUCAUUAACUUAUAUUCCUGGACUGCAAGACCUCUGUAACAUUAUUUUUCUCUCAUUCUUCUCAUUGUUUUUCUCUCUCUCUGUAUCUUUAAAAAUCCUAGUUAAAGGUCCUUGAAAGUUUGAUAUUUAAGGCUCUAAAUAUAUCUAAAGCCAUUAUAAUAACUCUAAAAUGCAAAGUCAUUGAAGCUUAAGUUUCAAAUAUUUGGAAUAACAAUUGGGCAGAACUCUUCAUUUUUUCCUGUGCUGCUAUUCUGCUUAUAGUUAGUAUGUAGUUACCCUGAAGAUGCAUGUGUUAUUUACAGUCAGGCAGUAAUCAGAUAUCCCUGCUGUAAUGCCAUACCCUGUUUGUAGGUUUUUAAAAUUUUAUCUGAUGUGCUGCACUCUUGCAGGCUGUACUACUCUAAUUUUGCAGUAUAGGACUGAUGUACCUUGAGUUCCAGUCGGCAAUUAAUUCCUUAAUCCUUCUGCAAGGCUCUGGUGUACAGGAUCUGUGUGUUACAUCUUUAAGUGACUCAGUAGUUCCUCACAUUGUCUGAAAAUGUAUAUAAGAUCAAUCUUUAGCCUGUUAAAGUAGGGGAGAUAGGUUUUUUUACAGCUCACUCUGAGACACAGUAGGAGUUACUGUCCCUUGUAUCUGUUCAGUGUUAAUCAGUGUCACUGAGCAUUCCUCUAAAUAACGUGCUGCUGCCACUGGGGAGACUGAAGUGGGUUUAGAGGAUUGUGUGUGUUCAGGUACUAUGACUUUCUACAUCCAUACUCAGUCAGGAAUCUGUCCCCUGUGCAUGGCAACAUGAAGGUUGUUUUCCAGUUGCCAGAUCAAAAGCUCUUGAGAUCAUUAAAGGAAAAAUGGCGUUGUUGUUUUAUGUUUCCUAUAUAGAUGUUUCAUGCCUACUGUUUCCCAUUGAGAUUAAAAAUACAAAAAUAAUCUCAAAAGAGGAUUUGUACUCGGCUUGCCUUUUUUAAAGUUUGCUACAUGCCUGUCAUUGAUCUCUUAAUGAACAAGUCUUCACCUGUAUUGGAGUAUUGCUACAGAGCUGAGACAACAAAGUCUUUUCAAAUAAAGCGUACCAGUGUUAUUUGAUGAAUGCUUUUCUAAAACAAAUGAAAUUUUAUGCUGUUGUUAAGGAGGAUUUUUUUUUUGGUGGAAGAUAAAAGUAACAUAAUAGAGAUGUGUGUGAUCCUCUUGUAAAAUCAUCUUUGAUUUCAUACAGAAAUGUUAUAUUUCCUCCCUUAAAUUUCUGACAUAGUCUGUAUUAACCAGCUUUAAAAUACUGUGACUUGUCCUGAAAUAUUGUCGCUCUAAAACAAGAAGAUUGGCUUGUAUUGGCUUGAGGUCUAAAACUUUGGGUAGAAGAGGGUCAUGUAAUUUCUUGGAUAAAUAAAAUGCACAGUAUUUUAGGAUAAAGCCAGAAAUGUGCUCAAGUUUGGUUUCAGCUCUUUUAGAAUAUCUUGCAUCUGUGAAAUGUGACAUCACAUUUCUGAAAUGAAUUUAGGGCCUGAUUAAAAGGACUUGUGUAUACACUA